AUGCAACCGGGCCGCGUUGAGGUGCUAACUCCACAGGGCAAGUCGGGCAUUCGAGUCCGCUGGCAACGAAUUGGGUCUGUUGACAACAGGACAACAGACAGGCCUGAUAAAACAAGGCCAAUAGAAGAGUCGAAUGUAACGACAGACUUUGACGAGGUCCAGAACAGAACUUUCGGAAGACUUCCUGAGGGCAUGAGUCAGGACAAGACGGAUCUGAUCAUUUGGGGCGCUGCUGAAGAGCAUUCCGGCGUGUAUGAGGCUCUCGUCUAUUCGGAUGAGGAUUACAGCGAAGAAGCCGGUGCCCCAACCACAGAACCAGUGGCGCGUUUACGCAUCAAAAUCCGAGUCAGUCCAAUGUCCGAGGGUGGCGCAAUGUGGCUGAAGCCGAGUAAGGCCGGAGAGCUGCCGGACUCUCGCGAUGACGAGAGUGUGGAUAAGAAGAGAGAGGAACCGGACACAGAAGUGACACCAGACGUCACAGACUCGCCAGACAAGACGAAGCCAAUGGCUUGGGAC